AUGCAGAUAAUCAAGUUCUCUCUGUCAACCAUAUUCUUUGCGGUCUGCGCACUCGCUGCUAUUGACCCUAACCCCGACGCUCCGAAAGAGCUGGUAGUUAAGACGACAUACCUUCCCGGAGACUGCACCUCUAAAGCGAAGUCGGGAGACAGCAUUCAGGUUCAUUAUUCCGGAACGCUGUUUGCGAAUGGUAACAAGUUCGACUCGAGUUACGACCGCGGCCGGCCUCUUCCCCUUACUCUUGGAGUUGGCCAAGUGAUCAAGGGCUGGGACGAAGGCCUCCAGGGCAUGUGCGUUGGGGAGAAGCGUACGUUGACGAUUCCGCCAAGCAAAGCUUACGGUACACGUGGCGCUGGCAAGAAGAUACCCGGUAGUUCUACGCUCGUCUUUGAUGUUGAACUGAUGGGUUUGGAGAGCCGCAAGGAUGAACUUUGA